AUGUCUUCCUACUUUUUUGCAGAUACAAGCUAUUCGUAUCACCCUGCAAUUCAUGAUGACACGUUCGUUAGAAGAAAACAACGAAGAAACAGAACAACUUUCACGUUACAGCAGCUGGAAGAGCUAGAGACGGCUUUCGCCCAAACUCACUACCCCGACGUGUUCACCAGGGAAGAUUUAGCCAUGAAAAUCAAUUUAACCGAAGCUAGAGUACAAGUAUGGUUUCAGAAUAGGAGAGCUAAAUGGAGGAAAGCGGAGAGACUGAAGGAAGAACAACGGAAGAGAGAUGCCGCUGCCGCCGCCUCCCCCGAAGAGGAGGCAGCGCGCGAGUGUUCGAGCCGCAGCAGUGCGGGUGGUCGCGACUCGCCCGAGACAGCGCGUGGGGCGGGCGAGGGCGACCGGUCCGGCCCCCCGUCGCCCGCCCCCUCGGGGUCGUCGGAGCCGCCACGCACGAUGCCUGCCCCGCCACCGCCGCCCUUCUCGCACAUGUUUCCCUUUGGAGAGAGGUGA